CAACUUGCCACGUCGUUAGCUUGACAUGAAUACGGACGCUGCCUAUCAGGUGCCCCGCCCGAUGCCGACGCGACUCUCGCUGUCGAGUCCCGCGCUUGUCUUUGUGCACUUUCGCGAGCCGUCGAGCCACGAAGCGCUACUGAAUUCGAUGCUGCAGCACGCGCUCUCGUCGGUUCUCGGCGGCUCGGAGCUCGGGCUCUCGAGUCUCCUGGAUGAUCUUUUCAUCAAUGCGACCAUGCAAACGCCGCAGCCAGGCCCGCCCAAGACGAGCAAGCGCUUCUUGAGCGAACUCAAAGAGCAGUGGUGGUCGGCCGUCGAAGCGUCGGGCAGCGCGACGAACACCGACUGCCCCAUCUGCCUCUCGGACUUCAAGGCCGCCGACUGCGUCGUGCAGCUGCCGUGUCGCCACACGUUCCACACGCCGUGCGGCCUCCCGUGGCUCCAAGAGCACAACGUAUGCCCGACAUGUCGCUUUGCACUGCCAACGGAAGCCGACGACGCCACUUCGCCUAAGCACAGCGCUCCCGACGACGUGCCGACGCUUCCGGGUGCCGUCAUGGACGAUGACGACGAAGCUGCGAUGGAGGCCGCAGCCGACGCGCUCGUGCAUGAGCGUCAAGACGACGCCAUGGCCGACGAAGUCCUUGACGAGAUCAUGGACGCCGAGGCGGAUGAGGUUGUUGAGGAGCGCCGACUCUCGACGAUGGAUGCGCUGCUCGAGGACGUCCUCUUGCACGACACUGUCGAAUAAGCGCAACCUCGUAUUUAACUCCUCCUAGUCUAUUAUUCUAUUAUCCUGCCCUUGUGCCAUCGUUGCAUGCCAUGCAUUGCAACACAUUCUUGUCGUCGUCGUCGUUGUAGACAUCCUUGUUCAUCAUUAAUUCGUUAAUAGAGACGUCGUUUCGAGAUCA